AUGGUCAGCAAAACUCGGAACAUGCUUGAAGGGCUGGUAAAGGAAGGGUCUUUCAAGUGGUUGACCAAAACACAGAGUCCAUUCAAUGACGAGAUAGAUGAGAUGAGAAAUUCUCCAUCCGCUGGGAAGAACUGGCUGCAUGAUCUCUCUCCUGUGGCAAAUGUAGUGGUGCGGAGAUGCUCAAAAAUCCUUGACAUCUCCAUGUGCCAACUUCGAGAAAACUUUGAUGGAGAGGCUUCUGAUACUUUAAGGCAUCCAUCAAACUUAGCACGUAAUUUUUUGGAAUACUGUUGCUUCAGGGCUCUCGCUCUAUCUAUUCGAGUAUCUGGUUAUCUGGAUGACAAAAAAUUUCGCCGACUUACAUUUGACAUGAUGGUUGCUUGGGAGUUUCCUGCAGCUGCUAGCCAACCAUUUCAUAAUAUGGAUGAGGAUGUUACAGUUGGAAUCGAGGCUUUUUCUCGAAUUGCUCCUGCAGUUCCCGUUAUUGCCAAUGUGAUUGUCAGUGAUAAUAUCUUUGAGGUGCUUGCAGCUUCGACCAGUGGCCGGCUUCACUUCUCUGUCUACGAUAAGUACCUUAGUGGAUUGGAAAGGGCAAUACGAAGACUGAAGAGUCAAUCAGAAUCAUCCCUCCUUUCUUCCCUGCGAUCAGAAAGAGGGGAGAAGAUCCUGGAAGUGGAUGGAACAGUCACAAGCCAGCCUGUUCUUGAACAUGUCGGAAUUUCAACAUGGCCUGGUCGGUUAACUUUGACAGAUCAUGCUAUAUACUUCGAAGCUCUUCGUGUUGUUUCUUAUGAUAAAGCAAAAGUAUAUGAUCUAGCUGAUGACUUAAAGCAAGUUGUUAGACCUGAGCUGACGGGACCAUGGGGAACCAGGCUUUUUGACAAGGCAGUCUUCUACAAAUCAAUUUCAUUAUCGGAGCCAGUUGUAAUGGAGUUUCCCGAGCUUAAAGGUCAUACCCGUCGUGAUUACUGGUUAGCUAUUAGUCGUGAAGUUUUAUAUGCUCAUAGAUUUACACGUAAGUUCGAGAUCAGUUCUCUGGAGAAGGAUGAAGUGCUUCUGAAAGCGAUAUUUGGGAUUCUGCGAGUACAAGUGCUUAAAGAAAUAGGUUCUGCAGCCCCUGUCUCCUUUGAGUCUCUUCUUAUGUUCAACAUUUGUGAUCAGCUCCCAGGUGGGGACAAAAUUUUAGAAAAACUUGCGAACAUGUCUACAAUGAGAGAAUCAGACCGCACAAACUCGGCUAAAUCUGGAAGUGGGAUGUAUUCAAUUUCAGCUUUAGCAAUCGCUUCUAAUUUGGGAUUUGCAUCAGGAACGAGUUCUAGUGUAGCUAGUGAGACAGGAUUAGUUGUUGGUGAAAUUGUUGUUGGAGAGAUGACUCCUUUGGAGAAAGCAGUUAAAGAAGCUAGAAGCAGCUAUAAAAAGGUAGUGCAUGCUCAAUCAACAAUAGAUGGAGUUAAAGCUGAUGGAAUUGAAUCCAAUUUGGCAGUGAUGAAGGAAUUGCUUUCUCCUCUGAUUGAAGUUGGAAAUUGGCUUCUUGCUUUGCUUUACUGGGAAGAUUAUUUGAAGUCCUUGGCUUUCUGUUUGGUUUUCACAUAUAUUAUCUGGAGAGGUUGGCUAGGCUAUGCCUUUGCAAUAUUGCUCAUCUGUUUUGCAGCCUUCAUGUUGGUUACCCGUUGCUGUGGCCAAGGAUGGCCAGUCGAUGAUCUCAAACUCAAAGUAAUAGCACCCCCUGCAAUGAAUACCAUGGAGCAGCUUUUGGCUGUUCAAAAUGCAAUUUCUCAAGCUGAAGAGCUAAUCCAGGAUGGAAACAUUGCUCUUCUCAAAUGCCGUGCCUUGCUCUUGUCAAUUUUUCCACAGGCGACCGAGAAAUUUGCAGCUGCACUCUUGGCGACAGCUUUACUGCUGGCGUUUUUACCUGUAAAAUACAUUGUUCUACUCACUUUUCUUGAAACAUUUACAAAAUACUCGCCUCUUAGGAGAGCCUGCACUGAGAGGUGGACAAGAAGAUUAAGAGAAUGGUGGUUCAGCAUACCGGCUGCUCCCGUUGUUCUUGAAAGAGUCAAAGAAGACAAAAAGAAAAAGUGA